AUGGAUCCUGGGCCGCACAUCGCAUCGACGACAACCUCUUCUGAUUUGAGAUCUGCCAGGGAGAGAUGCGGAGAGAAGGAAAUGCACAAGUUCGGAUUGAUGAACGCCGCUGCGAAGUUCGGAGCGCAAAUCAACUAUGUGUUCGAAUUGAAGUGCAGUGUCAAAGAGUUCGACAUCGAAGUGCUGCUGAGAAUUAAGCGAAACUAG